AUGACGCGCUACGAACUGCCUUACAUCCUCGAGGACAAAACCGGCACGCUAUCGAGCGGCUCCGAGUUUAUCGACAUCCACGAGCGAAUGCAUCUCACAAUGCGCUGUACCGCCCCACGCUCUUUCAUGCUCUACAAUGGGCCGUGGCCCCCGCCUUCUUCCCGCUCAUGUACCGGCCACCCCACGCGACCAGUGCUCCCCCAUCCACUCGCUUCACUCCAGUUUAGCACGACCAGAGACAACGCAAUUGCCCUUGGCACGAUCAGCGUCCACAACGUUCCAAUGUCGAUGCGCGCCUAUCUGGUGAAGCCGCCCGGACCCGCGACAAGCAUUCGGAGAUUUGUCGCGUCCGACGGUCAGCAAUACCAGUGGUCUAGGCGGACCCAGCCGAACCAGGAGUGGACGUGCACGAAUAACACGAACUACAUCAUCGCGUCCUACAGCCUCAAGACGCCGGGGGAGCCCGAGUAUGCCGAGUCGUCGGGAUGCAUCCUUGAGAUCGCAGAGCAGUUUGGCCGGCUUGCCCCAGAAAUCCUCGCAUCGCUGUGGAUCAUGCGCCAUAUCGCUGCGUACGACUUGUGA